CGGGCAGCGGGGAGGUCGGCGCCGCGUCCCAGUUCCUGCCGGCGAGCCCCCGGCAGCGGCAGGCGCACAGUAGUGCAUGAAGUGUCAUUGGAUACUACAGAGAUGUGGUGAUGAGCUGGAAGGAAAAAGUGCUGAAGUCGGCUGGGUUUUUCUGAAGGGUGACAGCUAUCAUGACUGUCUUCAGGCAGGAGAACCUGGAUGAUUACUAUGAGACUGGAGAAGAACUUGGCAGUGGGCAGUUUGCUGUAGUGAAAAAAUGUCGUGAGAAGAGCACUGGUCUACAGUAUGCUGCAAAAUUCAUCAAGAAACGGAGAACAAAAUCCAGCCGACGGGGAGUGAGUAGAGAAGACAUUGAGCGAGAAGUUAACAUACUGAAAGAGAUUCAGCACCCCAAUGUGAUCACACUGCAUGAUGUUUAUGAGAACAAAACAGAUGUUAUUCUUAUUCUGGAACUUGUUGCAGGUGGAGAGCUCUUUGAUUUUUUAGCUGAAAAGGAAUCUCUGACUGAGGAGGAGGCCACAGAAUUUCUCAAACAAAUCCUCAAUGGUGUUUACUAUCUUCACACUCUGCAAAUUGCCCAUUUUGAUCUCAAGCCUGAAAACAUAAUGCUGCUGGAUAGAAAUGUACCAAAGCCCCGCAUUAAGAUUAUUGACUUUGGCUUAGCACACAAAAUUGACUUUGGAAAUGAGUUUAAAAAUAUCUUUGGAACACCAGAGUUUGUUGCUCCUGAAAUAGUAAACUAUGAACCCCUUGGUCUUGAGGCAGAUAUGUGGAGCAUUGGUGUAAUAACUUACAUUCUCCUAAGUGGUGCAUCACCAUUUCUUGGAGAAACAAAACAAGAAACAUUAGCAAACGUAUCCGCUGUGAAUUAUGACUUUGAGGAAGAAUUCUUCAGUAAUACCAGUGCCCUAGCUAAAGAUUUUAUAAGAAGACUUCUAGUUAAGGAUCCAAAGAAGAGAAUGACAAUUCUAGAUAGCUUGCAGCAUCCCUGGAUCAAGCCUAAGGAUACCCAACAAGCACUUAGCAGAAAAGCAUCUGCAGUAAAUAUGGAGAAAUUCAAAAAGUUUGCAGCACGAAGAAAAUGGAAACAAUCAGUACGCUUAAUUUCGUUGUGCCAAAGAUUAUCAAGAUCCUUCCUAUCCAGAAGUAACAUGAGUGUUGCUAGGAGCGAUGAUACUCUGGAUGAGGAGGAUUCAUUUGUGAUGAAAGCCAUCAUUCAUGCCAUCAAUGAUGACAAUGUUCCUGGACUACAGCAUCUCCUGGGAUCUCUGACUAAUUAUGAUGUCAAUCAACCCAACAAGCAUGGAACACCUCCACUGCUAAUUGCUGCUGGCUGUGGAAACAUUCAGAUGCUUCAGUUACUCAUAAAGCGAGGAUCCCGUAUUGAUAUUCAGGAUAAGGCUGGAUCUAAUGCAGUCUACUGGGCUUCUCGACAUGGUCAUGUACAAACUCUGAAAUUUCUCUGUGAGAGUAAAUGCCCUUUGGAUGUUAAGGAUAAGGAAGAAGAAACUCCUUUGCACUGUGCUGCUUGGCAUGGCUACUAUUCUGUUGCCAAAGCACUUUGUGAGGCUGGUUGUAAUGUGAACAUUAAAAACAAAGAAGGGGAAACUCCACUCCUGACAGCAUCAGCUAGAGGUUACCAUGAUAUUGUGGAAUGCUUGGCAGAACACGGAGCUGACCUUGAUGCAACAGACAAGGAUGGACACAUAGCCCUGCAUCUUGCAGUGAGAAGAUGUCAAAUGGAAGUAGUUAAAACUCUCAUCGGUCAGGGAUGUUUUGUAGAUUUCCAAGACAGACAUGGUAACACCCCUAUGCAUGUGGCCUGCAAAGAUGGGAAUGUCCCUAUUGUGAUAGCACUCUGUGAAGCAAGUUGUAAUUUGGAUGUUACAAAUAAGUAUGGACGAACACCUUUACAUCUGGCAGCAAAUAAUGGAAUCCUUGAUGUUGUCAGGUACCUCUGUCUCACUGGUGCCAACGUAGAAGCUUUAACCUCUGAUGGGAAAACAGCAGAAGACCUCGCUAGAACAGAGCAGCAUGAACAUGUAGCCAGUCUUCUUGCAAGGCUCAAAAAGGAUACACAUAGAGGACUUUUUAUUCAACAACUUAGACCUACUCAAAACCCACAGCCAAGAAUAAAACUUAAGCUGUUUGGACACUCAGGAUCUGGGAAAACUACUCUUGUGGAAUCUCUCAAGUGUGGUCUAAUAAGGAGCUUUUUUAGAAGACGAAGACCAAGGCUUUCCUCCACAAACUCAACCAGAUUCCCACCUUCACCCUUGUCUACCAAACCAUCAGUUUCAGUGAGCAUUACAAAUCUUUACCCUGGUUGUGAAAAUGUUAGCGUGAGAAGUCGAAGCAUGAUGUUUGAGCCAGGCCUUACCAAAGGGGUGCUAGAAGUAUUCGUUUCACCAUCUCACCAUUCUCACUGCUCUGCAGAUGACCAGUCUACGAAGGCCAUUGACAUUCAAAAUGCCUACUUGAAUGGAAUUGGUGAUUUCAGCGUGUGGGAAUUUUCUGGGAAUCCUGUAUAUUUCUGCUGUUAUGAUUAUUUUGCUGCAAAUGAUCCCACCGCAAUUCAUAUCGUGCUUUUCAGUCUUGAAGAACCUUAUGAAAUCCAGUUAAACCAAGUGACCUUUUGGCUUAAUUUCCUGAAAUCCCUGGUCCCAGUUGAGGAACCCAUAGCAUUUGGUGGAAGGCUGAAAAAUCCAUUGCAUGUUGUCCUGGUGGCCACCCAUGCUGACAUUGUGAACCUUCCUCGCCCUGUUGGAGGAGAAUUUGGAUAUGACAAAGACAUGUCAUUGCUGAAAGAAAUCAGAAACAGGUUUGGAAAUGAUCUUCAAAUUUUGGACAAGUUAUUUGUUUUGGAUGCCGGAGCAUCUGGCUCUAAAGAUAUGAAGCUUCUUCGAAAUCACCUACAAGAAUUAAGAAGCCAGAUCACUUCUAUUUGUCCACCUAUGACUCACCUUUGUGAGAAAAUGAUCUCCACCCUCCCUUCUUGGAGAAAAAUUAAUGGACCCAACCAGCUGAUGUCAUUGCAGCAGUUUGUAUAUGACGUACAGGAUCAGCUUAAUCCAUUAGCAAGUGAAGAUGAUCUACGGCAUAUAGCCCAGCAGUUGCACAGCAUAGGAGAAAUAAACAUCAUGCAGAGUGAAACUGUCCAAGAUGUUGUGCUCCUGGAUCCUCGCUGGCUCUGUUCUAAUGUCCUGGGGAAAAUCCUGUCAGUGGAGAAUCCCAAAGCCCUACAUCAUUACAGAGGUCGGUAUACCAUAGAGGACAUCCAGCGCCUGGUAUCAGACAGUGAUGUGGAAGAACUGAUACAGAUUUUGGAUGCCAUGGAUAUCUGUGCUAGAGAUCUUAGCAGUGGAGCAAUGGUGGAUAUUCCAGCGCUGAUCAAGACUGACAAUCUUCACAGGUCUUGGACAGAUGAGGAGGAUGAGGUUCUGAUUUAUGGUGGUGUUAGAAUUGUUCCUGUGGAACACCUUACCCCAUUCCCUUGUGGAAUUUUCCAUAAAGUUCAAGUGAAUCUGUGUCGGUGGAUUCACCAACAGAAUGCAGAGGGAGAUGCAGAUAUACGUCUCUGGGUAAAUGGAUCAAAGAUUGUGAAUCGCGGGGCUGAGCUUUUAGUGUUGCUGGUCAACCAUGGUCAGGGUAUUGAGGUUCAAGUUAGAGGACUGGAAACAGAGAAGAUCAAGUGCUGCUUGCUUCUGGAUUCUGUUUGUAGCACCAUUGAUAACUUAAUGGCCACAACAUUACCAGGCCUGCUGACUGUGAAACAUUAUCUUAGUCCUCAGCAGCUGAGGGAACAUCAUGAACCAGUAAUGGUCUACCAGCCUAGAGACUUCUUCCGGGCACAAAGCCAAAAGGAGACAUCAUUGACUAAUACCAUGGGUGGUUAUAAAGAAAGCUUCAGCAGUAUAUUGUGCUUUGGAUGUCUGGACAUCUACUCACAGGGAGGUCUAGGAAUGGAUAUUCAUGCUUCAGAUUUGAAUCUUCUUACAAGGAGGAAACUUAGUCGACUUUUGGAUCCACCUGAUCCUAUGGGAAAGGACUGGUGCCUUCUGGCUAUGAACCUGGGCCUUCCUGAUCUUGUUGCAAAAUAUAAUACAAACAAUGGAACUCAAAAUGAUUUUCUCCCAAGCCCAGUCCAUGCCCUUUUGCAGGAAUGGAGUAAUGUCCCUGAGAGCACUGUAGGUAUCCUAAUGUCUAAACUGAGGGAAUUAGGCCGCAGAGAUGCAGCAGACUUUUUAUUAAAGGCAUCGUCUGUAUUCAAAAUGAACUUAGAUGCUAAUGGCCAAGAGGCCUAUGCUUCAAGUUGUAACAGUGGGACAUCUUAUAAUUCAAUUAGCUCAGUAGUGUCACGGUAAGAACAGAAGUUUUGCAUGGACAGUAUCUUUUCAAACUGCAGAAAGUGUAAAAGGUACAAUAUGAGGUUCUAGACAUACUAAUUUAUAAGCUUCUAUAUCGAAGGGUCUUUAUCCUUCCCUAUCACCACCUUUUAUGUGAAUAAUCUUUCUACUUUUAACUGUGAACUGUUGCUUUUUAUUUUAGCUAUUAAAAGGCUGGUGUAAUUCUGGUGUUUUACAAUUCUAUUCUGAUAUACAAUGUGCUGCUUAAUAUUGCCAUUUUAAGUGGGAAGUCUAACUUUUGGGUGAUGUACUAUAAUGUUUUUUUAAAGAAAUUCAGUUUUCCUAAAAGGAAAAAAAGUUGCACAUUCAUUCAAAAUGUGUUCCUGAUGCCCUGUUUUGUCUUUUCAUCAUAUUCUUUGCUUAACUUUUUUACAUUUGUAGGGGAAAAACAACAUUUAUGGUCAACUUGCUGGAAUUUAACACCAUAUUAUUUAUAAAUGAAAAAAAGUGAGUGCCUUUUGCAGAAGAGAGUGUGUUUGAAUUGAGUGAUUCUGCUGAAGUAAUAAGAAAAUGCUACCUCUGUUUCACUGUCUGCAUGCUGAUCAUUGCAAGUGGUGCUUGCCUUUUUUGUUUCACUUGCAGCUUUAAGACAUUUGGUAAAUUUCAUUAUUUUACAAAGAGUUCUCGUGUUGAUACUAUGUGUACAAAUGCAUAAUACUCAAUCAGCUUUGAUUUCAAUCGAACCAUAAUGUGAAAAAAUCUGUUAAGCCUACUGUCACGCUUCAUUAUGUCCACACAUCUCAGGUAAAACUUCAGAGUUGUAGAAUUCACCAAGACACGCAUAAAAUGUUCAGUACUGCAGAAUAAUAAUGUUAUAGCUGUCAGUUGUCAUUUGUGCAUAACAAAUAGUUUUCCACUUUUAGAUCCUGGUUUGCUUAUUUCCUGUACUUGAAGAUUUAAAAAAAAGGAAGCAUGGUUUAUUGCAAUCAGAAAUUUAAAAUUGAUGUGAGGGAACAUGACCCAUUCUGUUCUGAAAAGCAUGUAAUUUUAAUGGUACAAUAUAUGUGUAUAUACAUAUAUACUGUAUGUGUGUAUAUAUAUAUUAAUAGUAUUAUUUUUUCCUUAAUCUUUAAG